CACUUCUUCAUCACUGCAACGGCGCCAAACUCACUUCAUUGUGGCUUCCGCUUUCCCAUAAAACUUCAAUAAUGCCGUUUUCUCCGUCCUUGUUGUCACCGUCUUCCUCAGUCUCUCAGUUUCUUCCCAGAUUCCCCAACGCAACUAGGUUCAAUGUAGUAACUCCCCGGAGCAGAGCCGCCACCAUCGUCGCGGCAUCCGUCACCGACCUAGCCGGCGUAGACAGCACAACAAUCGCCGUACUCGGAGGCGGAUCCGUAGCAGCACUCGCGGCGAUGGUUUCCUUGACGGAUCCGGAGAGGAGGCGGAAAUUGCAGGCGGAGGAAGUUGGAGGAGGCGACAAGGAGGUUGUGAGGGAGUAUUUCAACAGCACCGGGUUUGAACGGUGGAGAAAGAUAUACGGUGAUACUGAUGAAGUGAAUCGUGUACAGAAGGAUAUCAGACUCGGUCAUGCUAAGACGGUGGAGAACACGAUGCUUAUGCUUACGGAAGAUAGAUCUUUAGCCGGUGUUACGGUUUGCGACGCCGGUUGCGGAACCGGUUUGCUCUCGAUUCCUUUAGCUAAGGAAGGAGCUAUCGUCUCUGCUUCCGAUAUCUCUGCUGCUAUGGUUGCCGAAGCUGAGAUGAAGGCAAAGUCACAACUACCACCAGGGAAUAUACCAAGAUUUGAAGUGAAUGAUUUAGAGAGCUUAAGUGGCAAGUAUGAUACAGUUGUAUGCCUGGACGUGCUGAUACAUUAUCCGCAGAACAAAGCAGAUGGAAUGAUUGCGCACCUUGCUUCUUUAGCAGAGAAGAGAGUGAUUCUUAGUUUUGCUCCAAAGACGUUUUACUAUGAUAUAUUAAAGAGAAUUGGUGAGCUUUUCCCAGGGCCAUCCAAGGCCACAAGGGCUUAUCUACACUCUGAGGCGGAUGUGGAAAGAGCUUUGCGUAAGGUCGGCUGGAAAAUCAGCAAGAGAGGACUCACUACUACUCAGUUCUACUUUUCUAGGCUUAUUGAAGCUGUUCCAAUGUAGUAGACCCCCAUUUGAAAAAAAAAAGACUAAGAAUUCCAAUUUGACAAUACAUGUGAGGAUGGAUAGCUUUACUUUUGGGACUUCUUCAGUAGAUCGUAAUUGUAUAGGACAUUCCGAGAAGGAUUUUCGUGGAAGACAUGCUGAUAUCCUAAACUCGCCCAAGAGAUUCUCUCAUAAACUCUUCCUACACUACUAGGACUGUUUGUACGUACAAACUUGCACUUCUGCAGACCCCCAAAAUAUUGAUUUGGUUAAAUGUGUUAAAUGUUUAAUAUGUAAACGACAGCAUCUGCGAUGAAUAGUUGUAGAACAAAAGGAUUAUCCACAGCGACUAGCUAGCUUUUUGUUGUGCGGUU